AUGCUGGCUUCGCGUCUCUCUCGAGCUCUUCCCCGAGCUGCUCCCCUCACAGCCCGGUCCACUGUCUUCAGCCGGGCACCGCUGGCUUCUAGGUUUGCUCGCUAUGAGUCCACGGCGUCCGAGGGCGAUGGCAAGGUGCAGGGUGCUGUGAUCGGUAUCGAUCUCGGCACCACCAAUUCUGCCGUCGCCAUCAUGGAAGGCAAAGUCCCUCGCAUUAUCGAAAACGCAGAAGGCGCUCGUACCACUCCCUCGGUCGUCGCCUUUGCCGAAGAUGGCGAGCGACUUGUCGGUGUCGCUGCCAAGCGGCAGGCCGUCGUCAACCCAGAGAACACUCUGUUCGCCACCAAGCGCUUAAUAGGACGCAAGUUCACCGACGCCGAGGUGCAGCGAGACAUCAAGGAGGUGCCCUACAAGAUCGUCCAGCACUCCAACGGCGAUGCCUGGGUGUCUGCCCGUGACCAGAAAUACUCGCCCUCUCAGAUCGGUGGCUUUGUCCUCAACAAGAUGAAGGAAACCGCCGAGGCCUACCUGUCAAAGCCUGUCAAGAACGCCGUUGUCACUGUUCCCGCCUACUUCAACGACGCUCAGCGCCAGAGCACCAAGGACGCUGGCCAGAUCGCCGGCCUCAAUGUUCUCCGUGUCGUCAACGAGCCCACGGCCGCCGCUCUCGCCUAUGGUCUGGAAAAGGAGGCUGAUCGGGUCGUCGCCGUCUACGAUCUUGGCGGUGGCACUUUCGACAUUUCCAUUCUCGAGAUUCAGAGCGGUGUUUUCGAGGUCAAGUCUACCAACGGUGACACCCACCUGGGUGGUGAGGAUUUCGACAUCCACCUCGUCCGACACCUGGUCGCCGAGUUCAAGAAGACGUCUGGAAUCGACCUGUCUAGCGAUCGCAUGGCCAUCCAGCGCAUCCGUGAGGCUGCCGAAAAGGCCAAGAUUGAGUUGUCCUCGUCCCUCCAGACCGAUAUCAACCUGCCCUUCAUCACUGCCGAUUCUUCCGGCCCCAAGCACAUCAACGUGAAGCUCAGCCGUGCCCAGCUGGAAAAGAUGGUCGACCCCCUCAUCACCCGCACCAUUGACCCCGUCCGCAAGGCCUUGAAGGAUGCCAACCUCCAGGCCAAGGACAUCCAGGAGGUCAUCUUGGUUGGUGGCAUGACCCGUAUGCCCAAGGUCGCCGAAUCAGUCAAGAGCAUCUUUGGCCGUGACCCUGCCAAGUCGGUCAACCCAGACGAGGCUGUUGCCAUCGGUGCCGCCAUCCAGGGUGCCGUUCUAUCUGGCGAGGUCAAGGAUCUUCUGCUCCUGGACGUGACGCCGCUUUCUCUCGGUAUUGAGACCCUGGGUGGCGUGUUCACUCGUCUCAUCACCCGCAACACCACCAUCCCGACCAAGAAGUCCCAGGUCUUCUCCACUGCGGCCGACUUCCAGACCGCCGUCGAAAUCAAGGUCUAUCAGGGCGAGCGCGAGCUUGUCCGCGACAACAAGCUGCUUGGCAACUUCCAGCUCGUUGGCAUUCCUCCUGCUCACCGCGGCGUUCCUCAGAUCGAGGUCACCUUUGAUAUCGACGCCGACUCGAUUGUGCACGUCCACGCCAAGGACAAGUCGACCAACAAGGACCAGUCCAUCACCAUUGCCUCUGGCUCUGGUCUGUCCGACAACGAGAUCCAGCAGAUGGUUGAGGACUCCGAGAAGUAUGCCGAGGCCGACAAGGAGCGCAAGGCCGCCAUUGAGGCCGCCAACCGCGCCGACAGCGUCCUGAACGACACUGAGCGUGCCCUGAACGAGUAUGCCGACAAGCUCGACAAGACCGAGGCCGACGGCAUCAAGGAGAAGAUUACCGCCCUCCGAGAGUACAUUGCCAAGAGCCAGUCGGGCGAAGGCACCGCCACCGCCGCCGAGAUCAAGGAGAAGACCGACGAGCUUCAAAUGGCCAGCCUGAACCUCUUUGACAAGAUGCACAAGGCCCGCAACGAGAGCGGCGAGUCUCAGCAGGCCUCCGGCGAGCAGCAGGCUCCCGAAGAUGACAAGAAGGACGACAAGAACAAGCCCUAA